CCCAAACAACCCAGGAGGUCCCGUGCCGGAAGUGCUAUCAAACUCUCCAGGACGGAAACACGCUUGGCUGGCUGGAUCUAGGUUUCUUCCCCCACCUUCCUCACGGUAGGGUUUGCUAGCUGUUACGGCGGCGAGGACAAUACAACUUGCCGAUCUCUGGUGAUAUGGAUAUGGAAAUGGAGGAGGCGGGGAGAAAGAGAGAACGUCUGGCUGAGGCCGCUGGGGCGGGGAAAAAGCAGGCAAGGCAAAAGAAAUUGUCGGGGAAGAUUUCAGCGGCUUCACAGGCGGUGCCAUUUCACGGGCAAGAGACAGAUCCUUUGUCGAAGCUGGUCGAAGACUUAAGGCUGGACCAAGCGGUGGCGAGGCGGAACAAGGAGAACCCCGGCAUGGAGCCGAUUGUGGUGGAGGAGCUCACGGAGCAGGAGCGGAUGGAGUUCGUGCGGGAAGAUAGGGCGAGGGAGAUCAGGGUGCUGCACGAGAUCUCCGAGCGGAUGUACGCCAAGUUACUAGCGUCAGAAGCGGAGCUGGCGCGGGCGCCGCCGCCUCCGCCGGAUCCGAACCAAGAAGACCGGUCUGAACUGGAUUAUAGCGAGUACCGCCGGAGCUGGUACGAUAAAUGGUCCAGUCAGUACGGCUCUUUCGAGGACACCACUCCUAUCCCCUGCAUGCGUUUCACGGACAACCCAAUGCCUCACCUCACUUGCAACCCGAGUACCGUACAGAUCUUCUCAGUCAAGAUUGCGGAAAUAGCUGGUGGUUUACAGUGCCCCCUUGAUGUGUUUGGCACGAUCGCUAUGCGCGACAGCCUGGAUCAUAAUCGCAAUAUUAUCUUCUGCCGGACAAGGGACAACUGCCAAUCCCUCACCCAACAGGAUCGGAAUUUAGUCCUAACAGGUCCCGUCCGUGCUGUUGUGCACAAGUAUGGAUCUGUGUACAUUGAUGCUGUGUUGAAAGUGAAGGGCAGUUCUGAAUCCGAGGACAAAGAUCUAAGCCUCCUAAUCAGGCGUUGCGAUCGCUAUGUACCACUUGAAUCGAUUGUGAGCAGCAUAAUUCACAGCAGCAAGCUCAGCACUCUGGAGCUGGCAUACGGUAUCGUCGUCUCUUCUGUCGAGGCCACUAUAACAGUCCGGGUCAUUGAGGGAUCAUGGCCAGCUGGGUUCCGCGGCCAGUUUACCGCAGGUACUGCCAGUCUGCCUCAGAUGGAAGUCUUGCUGCUCGAUUCAGGCGAGGAGAAGGUGGCUGCUGCCGAUGGCAUGGUGGAACUCUCACGUCGUGUUGUAUCUGUCGAGAGGCUUGGUCAGCUGAUGGUUUCUGCCUUGUUGCUUCGAGGUGCUGACAAGGUUGCUGAGGCUAAGACCUUCUUUAAACCGUUGGAGGCUGGUAGAAGUCCGGGUGAGCUUGAUGUUGGCUUAUGCAAGAUGCAAGUCACGGUGGCCUGGUCGCCAUUUCUGAAAGGCUAUCCAAUGCGUGGGUUUUCUCCAGCGAUGGAAUGAUCUUCCAGCGAGGCUGUUGUUAGCUAGCGCCUAGCGGGAGUUAUCUCAGGUUGCCUGACAGUUCCAUGUUAAGUAUAUAUCUGAAACUAUGGAGUGUAACCGUGUACUCAUGACUUGAAUUCUAGUAGUAUACUGUUUAAGAUUAAUGUCCUGUUAUCUGGUUAAA